AUGUCCAAUCAAGAAGAUAAUUUAAACAAUACAAUGAAUAUCCUUAAAGAUGAUGAUGGUAAUGACAGUGUUGAUGACGGUGAUGAUGGUGGUGAAGUAUCACCUCCUGAUGGUUCUGAUGAAAAUUCAUUUGAGGAAUUACAAACUAAUAAUAGUAAUAAUAAUAAUACUAAUAAUAACAAUGAUAACCAAGAGGAGAAAAAUCAAGACCAACCAAAAGCUACAAAUGACGAUAAAGAUAAAGAUAAGAUUCCUGAAAGAAGAUCAACAAAGAAAUCAAUGAAUGAGGAGAGAUCAUCAACACAUCAAAAGAAUGCAUCAGAGAGUAAUCAAGAUACUAAAGAUUCUCCAGAGGAUGGAGAGGGUGAGGCUGAGGAGGAUGAUAGUCAAAAUGAUGCUAUAAAACCAAAUGAACAACCAAAGAAAAUUAUGGAUCCUGAAUUUUACUACGAAAUUAAUGAAUAUUUGGCAGGUCCAAUGAUUUCAGAAGAUUCUGGUAUACCAGAGAAUCUAUUGACUAUCUAUCAUCAAUUCGGUAUGGAUGCAUCACGUAGAGAGAAUCUACAGUUGCUUGAGAAUAGCGUACUUUGUCAUAUCUUUGGUAAUUACUUACAAAUUAUGAAUACAGAGACACGGGAAAAACUACUCAUACGUUCAAUAAGUGGUGUUGGCAUCGGGGCAUUUUCAGUUCAUCCAAAGCACAAUUAUAUAGCGAUAGCUGAAAAGGGUACACUACCAUUUGUGUGUAUUUAUCAAUAUCCUGAAAUCAGGUUAUAUCGAAUAUUAAAGGAGGGUACACAAACUGCUUAUUCUGCAUGUCAAUUCAGUCCAGAUGGUGAAAUGAUCGCUACAGUCGGUUGUGAUCCAGACUAUAUGCUGACUUUAUGGGAAUGGCGUAAUGAACAGAUUGUGUUGAGAGCUAAAGCCUUUUCACAAGAUAUUUAUCGUGUAGCCUGGUCAACAGAUUUAUCUGGUGUUUUAACAACAGCCGGUGUUGGACAUAUAAGAUUUUGGAAAAUGGCGCAUACCUUUACAGGAUUAAAACUUCAAGGAAAACUGGGAAAAUUCGGUAAAGUUGAAUUAACAGAUAUUGAAGGAUUUGUUACACUACCGGAUGGUAAAGUUCUAACUGGUUCUGCAUGGGGUAAUCUACUUGUUUGGGAUGGUGAAUUAAUUAAAGUGCAAAUUUCACGUAAAGGCAAGCGACCUUGUCAUAAUGGAUAUAUUAUGCAAAUUGUUAUGGAUGAGGGCGAAUUGAUGACAAUUGGUCAAGAUGGAUGGAUCAGGACAUGGGAUUUUGAAACUGUCGAUACAGCAGAAUGUUCAGAAGAAGGUGCUCUAUAUGAAUUGGAACCGAUGAAUGAAUUACGUGUUGGUACAAAGGCGCGUUUAACGUAUAUUGUUAAAAUUCCUAUACCUGAUUCAACAAUGUGGUAUGCACAAGACUCUGAUGGUGCUAUUUGGAAAUUGGAUUUAUCCUUCUCGCAUACAUCACUGGCACCUGAACUAUUGGACGAAUUUCAUGCAAAUGAUAUUGUCGACUGUGUUACAUCACCGUUGACGUAUUGUGCAGCUACAGUUGGUCUUGACGGUAAGGUAUGCAUUUAUGAUAUUGUUCAAAAACAAGUAAUUGUUGAAAGAAGAUUUCCAUCUAGUGGUUCAACAAUCAUAUGGAGUCCUCCACAAGUUGAUCCAAAAGGUAAAAUGUUGGUUGUUGGUCAUCAAGAUGGUGUAUUACGUUUGUUAAAAUUUGGUGAAAAUCCUGAAGAGCCUAGCAAAAGGACAAAAGAUUUUGCCUUGCUAGAUCUUGGACAAGCUUUGAAACCUCACAAGAUGGCUAUAACUUCAAUGAUAUACAGCCCAUCUGGAAGAAUAUUUAUCACUGGGAGUAAAGAUGAAACACUUUUCUUCUUCAAUGUUCAUUCAACCCAUCUAUCACCAAUCGGUUUUGUACAUGUUCAUGAAAAAGUUGUCCGUCUGGAAUGGUAUUAUGUGAAUAAUAAACCUACAAAUGAAGUUAUAGUUUAUCUUGAAAAUGGUUGUGUAAUAACAAUAGAAUGUCCAUCAGAGAAUCAAAUAUAUGAUCAUUCUAAAACAUUCGCCUUAUCACAAUUUCAAACAACACAUUCCUAUCAAUUAUUGAGUAUUAAAUCACGUUUAGAACAUGAUGAAGAAUCUGAGGUGAAGCUGGAAAGAUAUGAAAAAGAAAAAGAAAUGAGGCAAGAAAUUAGACGAAUGAAUGCACGUCUCCAACCGGAAACGGAGGAAGAUAAACAAAAAUUAGAUGAUGUUGUCCGUCUGGAAUGGUAUUAUGUGAAUAAUAAACCUACAAAUGAAGUUAUAGUUUAUCUAGAAAAUGGUUGUGUAAUAACAAUAGAAUGUCCAUCAGAGAAUCAAAUAUAUGAUCAUUCUAAAACAUUCGCCCUAUCACAAUUUCAAACAACACAUUCCUAUCAAUUAUUGAGUAUUAAAUCACGUUUAGAACAUGAUGAAGAAUCUGAGGUGAAGCUGGAAAGAUAUGAAAAAGAAAAAGAAAUGAGGCAAGAAAUUAGACGAAUGAAUGCACGUCUCCAGCCAGAAACGGAGGAAGAUAAACAAAAAUUAGAUGAUGAAGAGGAACUUAUUCGUCAAGGUGUUAUGUCUGAGAUAGCUGAUUGGGCACCAACAUAUCCGACAAGUCCAUCUCCUCUACUCUAUGGUUGUUUGGAUAGAAAUGAACCAAAUCAUAUUUGGAUGUCACUGGGGGAAUUCGAUAAAGGCUAUCUAUAUAAAUGUAAACUAGGCGGUCCUGUACUGACAAUUGAUGAAGCCGUUGAAAAAGUUCGUAAGGAGAAGGCAAAUAUUAAAAAACAAAAUCAAAUUAAACAUGAUAUGGAAAGUGGUCAAACAGAAGUGGAUCAGUCAUCGGCAACAUCAACAACAACAACAGCUACAACCACAGCGACAACAACGAUAACUACCGACACUAAUAAUACUGAACAUAUUGCCAAAAAAGGCACUCAUGAAAUUAUUGAUCCGCAGAGUAUUACACUUGCUGAUAGAAUACCUGUCACUGAGCCAAAUAAAGCAGUUCGUAUGUCAGAGAAAAAGGACACCUGUGUCACAUAUUGGACAUUUUCUAAUUCUGGUUAUCGUGUUCUGAUUGGUUAUGAUGAUGGUGUUAUACGUGUCCAGUUGUUAGACAAAGCGUAUGAUUUAACAAGUUUUAAAGGUUAUUGGAUAUUUCGAUUGCAUGAUAAUCAACGGGGACGUGUUAAUCGGAUAGCUUUAACGUAUGAUGAAAAAUUUCUAUUAAGUGCUGGAAGUGAUGGAACUCUAUUUGUCUGUGAAUUAAUGACAGAAGAAUUACAAGAUAAAGAAAUGAAAGAAUAUCGUGCAAGAAUUCCAUCAACAUUUGAUGCCAGUGUGAAAGUUGACGAUAUAACUGAUCCUAAAGCGUAUAGUAUUGAAGAAUAUAAACAGAAAUCAGAAUAUGAUCGUCUAAUUGAACAGGCAGAGCAGAAGAAAGCAGAAACCAGACUAAAAGUUGCUGAAUUAAGAAGACGUUUUAAAAAACUCAAAGAUCGUAAUGAACGUCUACCAGAAAGAAUUCGUCUUCCUAUUUCGGAGUUUAACUUAGUUCCUCAAAUUCGCAACGAUUUACUCAAAGAUCGUAAAGCUGCAGUCGAUUUAGUCUAUCGAGAAACGGCAUGGGAGACAGAGAAAAAUCGACUAGCACUUGAAAAACUGGAGACUGCAUUUAUAAAACCACUAGACUGUGAUCGUAUCACUGUGAAAGCAUUCGCUAGUGCACAUUGUGUCUCAUCAAUACGUACAAAUCAAUUAAGCGAUGAACAUAUAAAGCUGUACAAGGAAAUCAAUAAAAUGAAAGAGAAAUCACUGGUCGAGGAAGCAAUAAAAUCACGUUAUACACAGCCUGAUGCAAGUGAUCAAGUAGAAAAGGGAUCUGAAAAGACAAAAAGUGAUGUAGAGCAGACACAAGCACCAGUGAAAGGAGCACGUGGUUUAAGAGUUGCACAAAAAUUACAUGUACUUGAACAAGCCAGAGAAAGAAGAGCUGCUCGUCGUGCACAGUGGGAAGAAUUACAGGCUAUGAAACCACCGGAUGACUAUGAAGAUCCAAAAGAUGUAGAAGCGAUCCGGUUAGCUCAAGAGCAAAUGGGUGAUUAUAAGCUGAAAUCAGCUACGAAUUACGUAAUACCAGAAAGUAUGAAGCUGAACACAUUUGGUGCUAAAUACCGACUACUUAGCAUUGUAGAAAAAACAUUUGAAUUACGUCAUGAAUUCAAUGCCUCUUUAUUAAAUUUACGUGAUAAAAAAAUGAUGAUACUGGAGGAAUUGAAAAGAAUAGAUGGACAGUUAGAAAAAGUGAAUUGUGAUUUACCUGUAGAAGAAAUUGGCAUACGGCUACACUUGGAAGAACUUGACAUAGAAGAAUAUCCAGAAAAAAAAUAUACAUAUGACAAUGAAAUUCUGAUGGAAUUUAAGAAAAAAUUAGAGAAAGAAGGAACUAAAAAUCAGCCUGAGAAAAAUCAUUACCAUGGCGGUGAACCAACGGCAACAACAACAGUUGUCAAGAAGUCAUCAGGCACAAAAGUCUCCUUCACGGAAUCAAUUCUACCCUCAGAAAGAAGUCUACGUACUGAACCAGAUAUGACGAGUGAUUUCUGUGAAAGUGAACAAAUUGUCAAAUCAAUUGUCUGGUUCCCAUUACAUUAUUUAACUGUGAAUAUAUAUCAACUUUUUCCUAAUGAUUAUCCUGGUAAAUUAUUUUCACUGAUAAAAUAUUAUUCACAGUAUAAAACUUUUAAUGAAAUCUCAGUAUGUCAGGUGAAUGACAAUGUCAUUUUAGACGAUCAUCCGAUAGACCAACAACAACAACAACAACUGCAACAACAACAACAAUCACAAGAUGGAAAUAAUUUAAUUAAAAUAUGCCUAUCUCGACCGAUAAGACCAGACAAGGUGAAUUCUUGUCAUAUUCAGAAAUUUGAAGCUGAUCUAAUCGAUAAAACAGAUAUGACUGAUAAAAUGGAGGUGAUAUCACUAAUGAGUGAUCUGGAAACCAAUCCAAGUGAAGGCAGUUACAUUCCAAGAGGUAUUCGACCUAGGAAAACUAUAACAAUAAACAAUGUGGAAACUGAACUACAAAAACAAAGAUACAUUCGAGCUAAAUAUGAACGUGAUAUGUUGUUGGCAACAGCAAGUCGACUUGUUCGUUGUUUUGACGCUGAAUUACGUCUGUUAAGACAUGCACGAUUCAAGUUGGAUGUAUUACUGAAAAGAGCUGAUCUGCAUCAGUUAACGCUGUAUGAUGAAUUUCGUUUGUUAAAAGAAUUCGAGAAAUCUGAACAUGUUUUAACGGAGAAAAAACAGAGUCGAUCAGAGGAGAAACAUGAAAUUAACCAAAAGGUGAAUGAAGUCACAGCGAAAAUUGAACAGAAAAAGAAAGAAUUAGAACGUCUCGCCCAACGUGAACAUCAAAUUCAUGAAGAAUUUAAAGCCAAUAUAAGUGAUUCACAUAAAUUUGCUGAAUUUCUUACAAAAGUAUUUAAAAAACGAAUUAAACGUAAAAAGCAAGAAGUAUUUCAUUCUGACGAGUCACAAUCAGAAGAGUCUUCAUCGUCAGAUGAAUCAAGUUUUGAUGAAUCGGAGGAUGAAAGUGGUACAGAAGACGUGGCCAUCAUGGAUUUAGACACUUGUCCGCCUGGAUGUCCUGUAGAAGAUUUUGAACACACAUGUUUAAUAAGAGAAAAGCGUUUAGAUAUUGAAGAAGAAAUGGCUGAAGAGAAAAAGGCCUUAGAGUUGUUAAGAAAAGAUUUGGAGACAUUCACUAAAAAACAACGUGUCAUCGAAGCAGCACUUAAACAAGCUCAAAGUGAAUUAGAAGCUUUUCAGUUAGAGAAACAACGUAAAUUAAAUGAAUUAGAAAUUAUUGUCAUUCUUCGAUUAGAUCAAAUACAUCACUACACGAAUUAUUCUGUACCAUCUGAUAUGACUGGUAGCCUGAUAUUUCUACGGCAUACAUUACAUGCACUGCGUAGACGUAUAAAAGAGUUAGAAGAAGAGAAGAAACAUCAACGAGUUGAAAGAAAGCAGGCGAAAGCUCGACAUGCAAUGCUACAAAAACAUAAAAGACUAUUUCAGAAAGAGUUAGAAAAGUUGUCUGCUAUCUGUGAUAAGGAGAUGAAUGAUAAAUUCGGUCGAAUAGAUGAUAUUGAAAAAAUGGAAAAUGUUAUGGUCAAUCCUAAACUGGAAGAUUUAACUACAAAAAUGCUGAUAUUACAAGAAGAAUUUAAUAAAGAAGAGGCGAAAAUUGAGGCAAAAAUACGUAUGGCACGUGAUGAUUGUAUGGGACAAGUACGUCAGAAUACAGUUUAUUUAACCCAACUGUUAAUGCUAUUCAAUGAACAUCAACAAUUACAAAAUGAAUUAAAUCAUACACAAGGAAGUAAAAUUGGAGCAAUGCAUAAUUCUUCUGGUUUUGUUGAUGCGAAACAAUUGAAACAACUUGUCCAGUUGGCAAAAUUACAAAGUGAAGAAAUUCAUGCAUUGACAAAAGAAAUUCAACAACUUUCAAGAUGA